AUGUAUCUCUUCAUCAUCUUCAUCGCCAACAUUACAUUGUUUGCCCUAAUUUUCAUUUUCUACAAACAUUUGUCCCAUUUCUCUUAUCCAAACCUUCCACCUGGCAACAUCGGCUUCCCCUUCCUCGGAGAAACCCUCUCUUUCCUCUCCUCCGGCCGCCCGGAAAAGUUCGUCUCCGACCGAGUCCGCCGCUUCUCCUCCGCCGUGUUCAAGACGCACAUUGUCGGAUCUCCGGCAGCAGUCGUGUCCGGUUCCCUGGGGAACAAGUUUCUGUUCACUAACGAAGACAAGUUGGUGGUUUCAUGGUGGCCCGAUUCGGUCAACAAGAUAUUUCCCUCUUCGAUGAAGACGAGCUCCAUUGAAGAGGCGAAGAACCUUCGGAACCUUCUCCCUCAGUUCUUGAAACCCGAGGCUUUGCAGAGUUACGUCGGUGUUAUGGAUGAGAUUGCUCGUAGACAUUUCGAUGAAGAGUGGGCCAAUAAAGAUCGAGUUCUUGUCCAUCUCCUCACCAAAAGAUUCACGUUUCGGCUAGCUUGUCGCCUGUUCUUAAACAUCGAAGAUCAAGACAAGGUAGAGAAACUAGGGGAACCCUUUAAUCUAAUCGGGUCGGGGAUUUUCUCAGUCCCCAUAGAUUUUCCCGGAACACCGUAUAACCGAGCCAUCAAGGCCGCGAAAUUGGUCAGAAAAGAGCUCAUUGAGAUCAUACGGAGUCAGAUGAGAAUCGAUCCAACGGUGGGGAAAGCAUCGUCGAAUCAGGAUUUUCUGUCGCAUAUGCUGAGUCUGAGCGAUGCCAAAGAAGAAGACGUAGCAGACAAGAUCCUCGGACUGUUGAUCGCAGGACAUGACACAGCAAGUACAGUAUGUACCUUCAUCGUCAAGUACCUUGCAGAGCUUCCUCAUGUCUACGAACUUGUCUUGCACGAACAAAUGGAGAUAGAGAAGGAGAAAGGGAGAGGGGAGUUGUUGAAAUGGGAAGAUAUAAAGAAGAUGAAAUAUUCAUGGAAUGUUGCAUGUGAAGUUAUGAGGCUAACUCCUCCUGUCCCCGGCGCCUUCCGUCAAGCCAUCCACCCCUUCUCCUUCGACGGCUUCUUCAUCCCCAAGGGAUGGAAAUUGUACUGGAGCGCGAAUGCGACUCACAGGAACCCCGAGUAUUUUCCGGAACCAGAGAGGUUCGAGCCGAGAAGAUUCGAAGGAAACGGGCCUGCGCCAUACACGUACAUUCCAUUCGGGGGAGGGCCGAGGAUGUGUCCCGGAAAAGAGUAUGCUCGGCUCGAGAUUCUCGUCUUCAUCCACAACCUUGUCAAGAGAUUCCGUUGGGAAAAAGUUUUCCCCCAUGAGAAUACAGUCUUCAAUCCUUUUCCCUUUCCUUCCAAUGGUCUCCCUAUUCGGAUUUUCCCUUACUCUUCUUGAAAUAUCAAACAAAAAAAAAAAUCUUUGUAGUAACAAAGAUUGUUAUGUCCUUAUGUCUUGUUUUGUGUGUUUUCAAAGUGUUGUAUUCA